AUCGGGUUUCGGCAUAUACACGUCAAACUUGUUCGUUCACGUCUAUGGAAACCGACCAGCCUCUUCCGUAUAAAGACUGUCUUUCUUGCCGUAUAAUAGGAGCAGGAACUCUUACAGGCGUCGGGGGUUAUGCCUUGAUGCAGUCAAGGGCUACAGCGCUUGGGACACCAGGACAAAAACGAAUUAUGGCUGGCCUUGGUGUUGUUUUCAUCAUUGCUGGAAUUACCAGAUGGUUCAAAAAUCCACUCGAGCCAUCGAUUAAACACUGAGGAAGCAGGUGGAGCCGUUGUUUUUAUACUAUGAUACAGGGAUCCUACACGCGAACGCAUUGCAACGAUCCUUACGAGUUAGUGAACUGGGCCUUGCGCUUCUCUGCGAAGGCAGUCAUACCUG